GAACAUCCUGGAACAUAUAAACAGGUAUUUAGCCACAUCUUUUGAUUUCAUCCCUUAUGUGGGAAAAAUCUUGGAUCUUGUCCAAAACUGGGGUUUAGACAUUGAUUGACAUGUCUGAUGAGCAUAUGCUGGGGAAGCUGUAUUUCAGAGGGUCCCCAAGAGAAAAUAAAAAAGUCACUAUAAUCAAAGAAGAAUUCUUGACAGAGUGGGCUAGACACAGGUACAAUGUAAGACAAAACCCCUGGUCUACCCCCACUUCCUUCCCAAACUAGAAUAUGUAUGCUUCCUGGUAUGCUUCAGUGGUAAAACUGAAAAUUGUUUCACUAGGAGUCCAAGUCACGCUACUGUGAGACUUCUCUUCAAGAGUUCAGGGUGCCAGAGUGGAAAGUAUUUCACCGCUGACUAGAGAAAGUAUCAGAGACCGGGAGACAGUGGUCAAAGCAGCUGUUCCAGGUGCCUCGGUGAUUGAAGAAAGGUCAGGACCACCACGUGGCUGCCAGCAUCGCUGAGAGAAACAGCACCAAGAGGACUGCAGAGCCGCAGGUAGUGGCUCUGUUAUAGGUGAGACACAACCUACCCGUCCUGGAUCAGUUCUAGAGACAUUACAGGAAGUGCUGAGUUGUUGCCGCUGGGCAAGUAAGGGUUAACAGUCCAGGAGAUUUUGAGACCACUCUUAGAGUGACCUGACCUAGGAUCCACCCCCUAGGUCAUCCAGGAUUUUUUUUUAAUCUAAGGCAGUGCAUAUCUGCCCCACAAACUAACUGGUGCCCCUACGAGUCAGGGCAAGUGGAUACUUGGAGCGAUGGCACUGGCACUGCUAGAGGACUGGUGUGGGAUAAUGAGUGUGGAUACUCAGAAAUCACUGUUGGUUAUGGGGAUACCAGUGGAGUGUGAUGAGCCUGAGAUUCAGGAGGUUCUUCAGGAGAAUUUGAAGUCCCUGGGCAGGUAUAGACUGCUUGGCAAAAUAUUCAGGAAGCAGGAUAAUGCCAAUGCUGUCUUAUUAGAGCUUAUGGAGGAUAUUGAUAUCUCCGUGAUCCCCAGUGAGGUGCAGGGAAGGGGCGGUGUCUGGAAAGUGGUCUUUAAGACCCCUAAUCAGGACACUGAAUUUCUUGAAAGACUGAACCUCUUCUUAGAAAAAGAGGAACAGACAUUAGCGGGUAUGUUCCGAGCCCUUGGGCAUGAGGGAGUGUCCACAGCUGCUGUCCCCUCCAUAUCACCAGAGUUACUGGCCAAUUUGGUGGGACAGGCAAUAGCGCAUGCACCUCAGCCUCUGCUACCCAUGAGAUACCGAAAACUGAGAAUAUUCUCAGGCAGUGCUGUUCCAGCCCCAGAGGAAGAGCCCUUUGAAAUCUGGUUGGAACAGGCCACUGAGAUAGUCAAAGAGUGGCCAGUAGCAGAGGCAGAAAAGAAAAGGUGGUUGAUGGAAAGCCUGCGUGGCCCUGCUCUGGACCUCAUGCAUAUAGUGCAGGCAGACAACCAGUCCAUAAGCGUGGAAGAGUGUUUGGAGGCAUUUAAACAAGUGUUUGGAAGCCUGGAGAGCCGCAGGACCUCACAGGUUAGGUAUCUGAAGACCUAUCAGGAGGAGGGCGAGAAAGUCUCUGCCUAUGUGUUACGGUUAGAAACCUUGCUUCGGAAAGCUGUUGAGAAGCGUGCCAUUCCUAGAAAUAUUGCAGAUCAGGUCCGUUUGGAACAAAUCAUGGCUGGGGCGAGCCUUAGUGAAAUCCUUUGGUGCAGGCUUAGGGAGCUGAAGGAUCAAGGACCGCCUCCCAGCUUCCUUGAGUUGAUGAAGGUAAUACGGGAAGAAGAAGAGGAAGAGGCCUCUUUUGAACAUGAGAAUCUUGAAGAUCCAGAUGAGGCGGAAACCUAUGGCCAGUGGGUUAACCAGGCCAGUGCGUAAGGUCGAAACUGGAAUAGGAUCACAGUAGUGGCCUCACUCUCCUAGGCUAAGACCUUUCAAUAUUUUUUUUUCCUUCAUGCACUGGGUUAAAAUCAAGACAUUCAAUUUAAGUCUUAACUCUUCUAAGAAAAAUAUCUGAGAGUUUCUUGGACCCUACAUAGAUUAAUAAUAAAAGAUUACAUACCAACUGUGAGAUCAUAAGCUGAAAGGAAUCUGAAACACCAGUACUUAAAGCUUCCUUAAAAUACCCAAAUACACUAAAAUUUAUCCAUAAAUAAAAGAAAUAAUUGACAUGAGAAAAAAUAUUUAUUGUAAAAUAUUUGAAAACCUAAGCUGUUUUACUUAUUAAGUCUUUAUCUUUCUCCUAUCAGCAAAUUCUUUCUGAGUCCCUAGCAUCGUGAGGCACUUUACAGAGAAGUGCGAGUCAUGAACUUACCAAACAUGGCCAUGCCCUCAGGGAGUUUACAGUCUAGUGGAGGAGGCGGGCCUACAAAAGUGAAAAGUUAAAUAACCAUAUGUGUAAAUAAGUUCACAUCACCAAUAAAAGUGUUGUUGCCAAAUGAAUACUACCAUCUCGGCCUUUAGGUUUCUUUCUUCUCCUUACUUGGGAAGCGCUCAUCUCGCUUCUCUGUGAGGUGUCUGGACAGUUGGUCCCAGGACUAGGCACUUGUGUUAGGACCUGAAGAAACAGGUGACUCCACCUAAAUGCCAGCUUUCAAGAGUUCCAGCAGCUGAGUGGCGUCCUCAAAGAAUGGUUGGAAAUUCAAGGAGAAAAAGCAGGACAGUGAAAAUGUGCAGGGCACGUUUGGAUUUAGUGAGCAGGUUAGAGAAGAAGGCUUUUAGUGGUAAAAGGGCAAAGAGGAGAGGAAGGAAACUCACGUUUAUUGAGGGCCUGCUAGGUGCCAGAUGUUUUACACAUAUCUCAUUUAAUGUGUACGGCAACUCUAACACCCUAAUGUGGUAUCGUUUUUGCUCUUUUGGAAAGAGAAACAAGCUCAGAUGAUUAAGUGGUCUUCUCAAUGUCAAAAUGCUGAGAAGUAACAGAGGCUAGAUAUGUCUAACUCAUGUUAAUCUGCUCUCUACCACGAUAAAAAAAAAAACACGAUAGAGCUUUUCAAAUUGUGUUUGGCAGAAGUUUUUUUUCCACCAGUUCCAUCUGUAAAAUGCAUUUUAAAGUAUUUAAACCCAUAAUGAAUAACAGGUAGACUCAAAUGUGUUUAUAGCCAAAUUUUAGCACGUUGGCAUUCACCAACAGGUUCGCUUUAUUUCCAGAUUGACUCAUUUUUGUGCAGACCUUGGAACAAAGCUUCUUUUGCAGUA